UAGUAGACACGCAUUUCAUGAGUCAUGUCUUAAAGAUAGAAAGAGAAUGUGUAGAUAACAUCACAGUUCAUCAAGAGCAAAGGCCUUAGCAAUUGAAAAAAAUCUAUACUUGGUCGAGCUGCCUAAAUUUGGGGGGGUUUCCUUUGCAUAUCCUCUACCAAAUUUCAUGAAAGUCACAUUGGAUUGAGAGUGUGAAUGCCUCUACAAAAUACAACGGAAGGAACUGUGAUAAAAUUGUCCUAAAAUGCGAUCAACAGAUACAGCUCUGUAGGUUCUACCACAGUAAGAACUGCACAAUCUAUACACUCUAUUUCUAUGAUUUUGUGGUCUGUGACGGUCCGCUUUAUACGGCUCUGUGUUUUAGGUCAUGUGGCUAUUGUGUGCUGUUUCAUAUUGCUGUAGCAUUGACUUACUAUACUCAGUCUGAGCAUUACUUAUCAAAGCGUUUACUGACACGGACUUUUGAUGGGACGUUGAUUGUGAGACGUGAAAUCCUUCGGCAUUCUUAAACAGACGCUAUCACCCCCAAAAAAUAUGGCAACAGAAACCUUUUGUGGUCAUCUCAUGUUUCUCAUAUCUUGUUGGUGCACUAGCAGUCUCAACUGAUAUUCCUCAAAACUACAAUAAUUGGGAUUCAGAGUCUGACCAAGCAUCCUUUUCAUUUCAGUGAUCAAAAGCUAUUAGCGGUAUCUCAGGUCAAAGUUCACAUCAAAUUGGUAGGUCUGAUCUUCCAAAUUGUCUUAAGUCUAAACAAGAAUAUUUGACACAAUACAUGGUGGUGUGUGGGCAAAGGUGAAAUUAUACAGUCAUUGUUUUUACCAUACAGGCCGCACGGUGGUCUAGUGGUUAGCAUGUUGGCCACACAGUCACAGUCUGGAGAUCGGGAAGACCUGGGUUUGAUUCUCCCUUUCUGGGCAUUUCUGUGUGGAGUUUGCAUGUUCUCCCCGUGCGUGUGUGGGUUUUCUCCAGGUACUCCAGUUUUCUCCCACAUUCCAAAAACAUGCAGGUGAGGUUAAUUGGCGACUCUAAAUUGUCCAUAGGUAUGAAUGUGUGAGUGUGAAUGGUUGUUUGUCUGUAUGUGCUCUGCGAUUGGCUGGCGACCAGUCCAGGGUGUACCCCGCCUGUCGCCCGAAGUAUGCUGGGAUAGGCUCCAGCACGCCCCCCGCGGCCCUAAUGAGGCAUAGAAAAUGGAUGGGAUGGAUGUUUUCACAGUUAUCAGUGUAUCGUAAAAGAAUAUUAUCACAGAAUCAGGUUGAUUACAAUUCAAUAAGGUGUUAGCGGUUUGGUGACGCCACUGUUUUUGUGCGGUGUGAAAAUGACUGGGUGUCAUAAAGGAAGUCGUUCAUAGCCCGUAUUUUUAAAAUAACCUUUUUUUGGGAUGACCUGCACUGAUAUUGCUGUUUUAGAGCACAGUAAUGUCUUUUAUUCACAUGCUUGUUUCCAUGUGAAGCAUCAGACUGCCUGUAGAAGUAUGUAUGGAAAAAAACAGUCUUGAGACACCGCUUGCUAUUUUUUGUCCACUUUGUUGAAAUGAUUGACCACUGUACUGUUUACUGUGCAUUCCAUUAUCAUGUAUGAUACUGUGGCCUUGCAUUGCUCCAAAACGUAUAAGAAAAUAUGUAGUUUUAACAUCACAGUUAGUUGUAAAUGUUUCUGACUUGUACAGCACCUGUAUAAAAAUUCAUGCAGAAAAACAAUCCUCUGUAAAUUGUUUCAUUAUUUUUUUAUUAAGGGAACUGACAUGAAAAUAUAUCAAAUUGGUGAAAAUAAAUAAUCUCGCAUUCUGAUCAUGCACUGAUAAAUAAAGGUUUACUGAAUAAACAAGACCGUGUGUUUCAAUGUGUGGACUGCUGCGGGAAAGAUUUGAAAUUUAAAGUCAGAACGUAAAACACAAAAUAUAAUCUGCGAGGCAGAAGGGUAAUUAGAAAGUAUUGGUAACAAAAUGUGUUCAGUAUGCUCUGUGUCACCUUUGUGGCCAGCUGCGUCAAAAACUUAACAUUAUGAAUUAUUGUGGCCGCUAGGGGUCGCCAAAACCAAUUACUGUAGAGGAUUUUUUCUUCCCCUUUUCUUUUUCGCAAUGACGUCACAUUUUCAGAAGUGCGAACGUGAGCGGCUGCACGCAGGCAUUUGAGUAGAAACUCGAACUCCCAUGAUGCAUUUCGACGUCUACAGACUACAACGGCCCAAAGAUGCGCGUGCCGAGCAUGCGCAAAGUGCAACGGUGCACUAGAAGGAAUUAACCGACGACAGGACUUCAAAGGUGUUCGCCAGGUGCUUUAAAUACGUGCUAAUAUGGCAGAACCAGCCGAAUCACUUCCACUCAAAGUAGGUGCAAAUACGGUGCAUCAGUUUUCUCCAUUGUGCAAACAUGUGAGAAAAAAGAAGCGGCAGUUGUCACAAUGCGAUGAAAAGCGAGCGACAGAGGAGAAGAAAGUGAAGCUCCAUCACCUUGUCCAGCAACACCACCAUUCUCGUCCUCACAGCGCCGUUGAGCAUUUCCAGCACAGCAGCCAUCAUCAUCAUCCUCAUCAUCAUCGCAGCCACAGUCUCACCAAGAAGAACCUGCCUCCUCCUCCUCCUCCUCCUCGUCAAGGAAGCUUGUGUUCUGAAGCACCUGCCAUGUUCACUUUUAACCCUCACAAACAAUCUAAGUGCAAUGAAACGAAAACAAGGGACAGCUCCAUGAGGAUGAAGAUGGAAAACGCCUUUGCAAAGGUGGGAUAUGUCAAGAACCAUAAAGAGUCCAAGUCCCACAAAGUGACUGGAACGUCCCUGACAUUGGAGGAAUACAUCCCGGAGAAGAACAAGAGGAAGAUGCGACGUGAGGAUGAGCGCAGCACCAAGAAGGUACGACAUGUGAGCAACAAAGCUGUUCAGACUGUGUGCAUGGAGAAUGAGCUCGGGCCACUUCGCUCUGAUUCCACUGAAUCUGGCAGCACAAGGCAGCAACGUCAUUUCCAACCUGGGAGAGACACCGUCAGCCUCCACCAACCUGACCUUCAUUCUGUUCAACUGGGACACGCCCCCUUUCUAUCGCACCAAGACCAAUACAUCCGCAGCUCCUUCCUCCAAACAGGCACUUGCUAUAGUUGCUUCAUGCACGAGGAAAGGCAAGCCAAUGGUGGCGCGUCAGUCCUGCACGCCUACGCUGAUGAGUUGGCCUGUCUCAGUCCGGCUCAGAUGGAAAGCUUUGCCCAGGAGUUCCUGCGCUUGGCUUUUGCUGAGAAGCCGAAAGGAGCGGCUUCUUACGCUUUGGCGGUGGUGCACAGUGCAGCUGCCUACCUACCUGACUUUCUUGACUACUUUGCCUUGAACUUCCCCAACACGCCAGUGAAAAUGGAGAUUCUGGGAAAGAAAGACAUUGAAACGACGACAAUUGCCAACUUUCACUCUCAGGUGAACUGCACAUACUGUUCCGGAACUUAUCGGGCUGGACCGAUGAGGCAGAUCAGCUUGGUCGGAGCCGUGGAUGAGGAAGUAGGAGACUAUUUCCCGGAAUUCCUGGACAUGUUGGAGGAAUCGCCUUUACUCAAGAUGACCCUGCCGUGGGGAAGCCUCUCCAGUCUGAAGCUGGACUGUCGCUCUCAGAGUGAUGACGGACCCAUCAUGUGGGUACGACCCGGAGAACAAAUGGUGCCAACUGCAGACGGCUCCGGUUCGACUUUGAAACGUUGCAGGUCCAUGAAUGAGAUCAAAAAUCUGCACUACCUGCCGAGGGCAAGCGAACCCCGGGAGGUUUUGUUUGAGGACCGCACCAAGGCCCAUGCUGACCACGUGGGCCAGAGUUCUGACUGGCAAAGCACUGCUGCUGUGGGAGUGCUGAAGGCUGUGCACUUUGGAGAAUUGAGUAAUCGACCACGGGUAACCAAAGAUGUUGUGUGUUUCCAUGCUGGUGACUUCAAUAAAGUUAUCCAUCAACUGCAGCUGGAUCUGUACGAGCCUCCGGUAUCUCAGUGUGCUCAGUGGGUGGACGACGCCAAGCUUAACCAGCUGAGAAGGGAGGGCAUCCGCUACGUACGCGCCCAGCUCUGUGACAACGAUGUUUAUUUUAUCCCACGAAACGUCAUCCACCAGUUCAAGACCAUGUCAGCCGUCUGCAGCCUGGCUUGGCACAUCCGCCUCAAACAGUACCAUGAGGAAGUGGAAGAGAGACCCAGCAAUCCUAUCACCUUCCUGUCCCAUUGUGACACUAUUGACACGCCCCCAGUGCGACCACAAAGUGGGAUAAUCAAGACCGAAGAACUAGUCUUCCAGAAGGCGGCCACUCCCCCUAAUAAACCUCAACCUGCGCCACUAAAGAGACACAAAUCAUCUGGCAACAUGCAAUUUCCACCUUUUUUUGGGACCUUGUACAAGGACGGGACAUUACGAACAUCGUGCUGAAAAGCAUUUUUACAAAAGUAUGCUGCAUCACCACAAGAAAGAACUGAGGUCAGUAUAGGUUUCCUUGUUUGUUUUGUUCCUCAAAAAUCAUUUAAAGACAUUUGGUGCUCCUGAAUACAACCUCAGUGAAUUAAAACUAGAAACCCAUAAAUCAGUGUGUACACACCUACGCUAUUAACAGUGAACAUCCGAAUUCCUUCAUUUAGUGCGGACCGGGGGCAUUUGCAGCCUGCGGGUAGCAUGUAUUGGCCCCCAGCACAUUGUAGAAAUAAAAUUAAACCAAAAAAAAUGAAGUAUAGAACAAAAAGGCACAGUGUAAAGAGAAAAAGUUGAAAUGUCCAUACUCGGCCAUCCAUUUUCUAUACGCUUGUGCUCAUUAGGGUCAUGGGUAUAAGUUCUAGCAUAUGCCAGUCUACUUGGUACACCCUGGACUGGUCACCAGGCAAUCACAUUGCUAUUUUUGGAAUAUGGGAGGAAGCCCACGCAAGCAUGGGGAGAACAUGCUGAACUUUUUCGGCUGUUUUAAGCUUUUUACAAAAGAAAAAAGUAUCAACGUGUUUUUUCAGUAGGCGGCUCUCGUGGAAAAGUUUGGACGCCGCUGGUUUAGAGCUUUCAUAUUAGAGCUUUGUGAGUUGAAGUUCAGCAUACGUCCACUAGGAGGCUCUAAGUGACCAUGAGUGAUAGAAGACAUUUAUCAGCGUGGUCUUUAUGAGGAAGAUCUGCCAUUCAUGUAGGGAGACAAACUUAUUUAGAACCAGUUUUGUGGGUAAUUUCUGGGUCCUUUUGGCUUUCCGAUCCUGUUCCCAAAUCCUGUGGAAAGCAGAGCAGAACACAUUUUGCAUGAUUUGAAUUGAGCCAAAGACGUGCUGAUGAAGUAAGUGUACGGAGGAUUACCAAAUUUGAAUAACGACAUUAGGACUCCAUUUGAGGAUGGUGACAGUGUAGGAAGAGCAGCAGUUCCUGGCUUUACUGCAGACAUUUUUUGACACAUUAGUCUUUCUCGCAUUGACGGAUAUGUGUGUGUUUGUCAAACGAGGACAGGAAUGAGCAUGACUCACAUUUCUGUUUGUCUCCGAACAGUUUGAGACUCUGAAGGAGACGACAACAUUUACACUGAGUCAGAAUCCAUGCAUUGGCUAGGAACAUCUGAUUAAUGUCACGAUACCUUUUUUCUGGAUGGUGCCUUCUCAUCGUUUUUGUCUGCCUUGUCUCCUGACGCCCCACCGUCAGAAAGCGAGGCCUUCUGGUUUACAUCAUACACUCGACUCCCUUCUGCUGAUGCUGCAGAAACAAAGUCAGUUAAGCUUUUCUUAUUUCUUUGUAGAACUUACACUCAGGGACUGGAUUUGGUAUUGUUAGGAUACUGUCAUAAAUACUCAAUAGGGUAUUGUAAUAGGUGGCUGCAGUCUGGUAGGUGUGCAGCCCCUUUAAAGGCUGAGGCUGUACUCACCACUUCCUCCUUCAGCAACAGGAGGUGGAGAGGGCAGCCACAAUGGAGUCAGCUGCUCUGUAGACAAAACACUGGCGGUUACUCAUUGUAUUUGUUGCAUGCAAGCUGAACAAGUUACAUUAAAGGAAAACUGCACUUUGUUUUUCAGGUUUGCCCAUCAUCCACAAUCCUUAUGUGAGGCAUGAACACACAUGUUUUUCUCUUUUCUGUGCAUUUUAAAGAUAUAAAAAGAGCCACCUCAUUACCGCACGUAUGGGAGAUACUUAUUUCUCCUAUAAAGUCGCUUGAAAAAGUCUCCAAAAAGCACCAACAACGCUCCAUUUACAUAUAAUGUGACGUGUAUAUUAACCAAGCCACAGUGACAUUGUUGUUAUUAUUAACAUUGUUGAGCCGAUCAAACUAGAUUACUGGCGUAUUGACACCGGCUAGCUACUGGCCAGCUCGUGACUAGCUUCAAAACAGACUCGUUCGUAGCGCGUCAGCGUCGCUCUCACGAUGCCGCCACUGCUGCUGUGUUCUUAUUUCUGAGCAUGGAAAAGUUGCUGUGUGAAAUCAAUGCACUGAGCAAGGAAGUUCCGGUAUUGCAGACAUAACUCAAAAUACUGUUAUCAACCUAAUCUGAAAGUCAACAUAAUCUACUGGAGUCGAGUUGACAAAGCGUCCUCUACGAUCUUCUCAGCCUUUUCAAGUGCAGGCGGGCUUAAGUUCCAAAGAACUUGACAGAUACUGCAUUCAUCACCACCUUGCCUGACCCCA